AUAAACGUGAUUGUGUACAGUAAGAUUAGGGACCCAUCCCUCCAAAUUCCAUCAUCUAUCUAUCUAUCAAUCUGUAAGAUUAGCAGAUCAAAUCAGACUACUACAUGUAACCCUCUUUCAAUCUUCUUAUAAUUGGUCUGGUCUGGUCUGGUCUGAUCUGAUCUGAUCUGCUGUAAUUUCGAGCAACAACAACUCGUCCGUCCUCGUAGAUGGACACUGAAGCAGUGAUCGAGUUCUUGGGCAACGUUCCUCUGCUUCAAAGGCUGCCAAGCUCAUCUCUCCUCAGAAUUGCUCAAGUUGUAAAUGAAAAGCACUACGAAAAGGGAGAGCAUAUCAUUCGUGAGGGGGAAGCUGGCAAUGGAAUUUUCUUCAUAUGGGAGGGAGAGGCUGAAGUUUCUGGUUCAGUGGAUACUGCUGAUGAUGGCCGGCCAGAGUUCCAACUCAAACGGUUUGAUUAUUUUGGCCUUGGUGCGCCCUCCUCUGAACAAGCGGAUGUAAUCGCAUUGUCCAAGCUGACCUGUCUUGUCCUGUCGCAAACAAAUUGUGAUCUGCUGAAGCCAAAAUCUAUUUGGAAUGCUGAUAAAACAGAUGACUCAUGUGCCCCUGUGGAGAAUAUAUUGCACCUGAUACCGUUAGAAGACAACAUUUUUCAAGGUAUCACUUUACCAGAAGCUCCAAAGUUUGGAAAGAUGUUUGGGGGACAGUUCAUGGGCCAGGCUUUAGCAGCAGCAACAAAGACGGUUGAUUGUCUCAAGCUCGUCCACAGUCUACACGCUUACUUCCUUCUCAUUGGGGAUUACAACAUUCCUGUUAUCUAUCAAGUUUAUCGAAUCCGUGAUGGAAAAAGUUUUGCCACUCGGAAGGUAGAUGCAAUACAAAAGGGAAAUGUGGUAUUCACUUUGCUAGCUUCAUUUCAGAAAGAGGAAAAUGGAUUUGAUCACCAGGAGGCAACUAUGCCUACUGUGCCUAACCCUGAAACGCUUCUAUCCAUGGAAGAACUGCGGGAGAAACGUAUAACUAAUCCUCGUCUGCCCAGAACCUACAGGAACAAGGUUGCUUCCUCAGACUUCAUACCGUGGCCAAUAGAAAUAAGGUUUUGUCAGCCCAAUAAUGCAACAAAUCAAACCAAAGCUGCUCCAAGCUUAAGGUAUUGGUUCAGAGCAAAGGGGAAACUUUCUGAUGACCCAGCUUUACACAGAUGUGUGGCUGCCUAUGCCUCAGAUUUCAUAUUCCUUUCUGUGAGCUUGAAUCCACAUCGGAAGAAAGAUCUGAAACUAACUUCAGUCAGUCUAGAUCACGCGAUGUGGUUCCACAGGCCAUUUAGAGCAGAUGAUUGGUUAUUAUUUUCUAUAGUAAGCCCAGCUGCUAAUAAUGCACGAGGCUUUUGUUCUGGCCAAAUGUUCAACCGAAAUGGAGAGCUUGUAGUGUCGUUGAUUCAAGAGGGAUUAGUGAGGCCCAUGAAAACACAAAAUCCCAUUGCCAAACCAAAGCUUUAAUAAUUGCUCGGAUUUCUUACUUUCCAUUCCAUAAGAAGUGAAGGAAAGUGAAGUGAAGAGAAAGGAGGAGGAGGAGGAGUGUGGGGGAUAAUAACGGCACCUUAAGAAUAAUUGUUCUUGUCUUCACUUAAGUAUUUGGUGUGACAACCCAACACAAAUUAUUUGUAUGAAUAAUUGACUAUAUUAUAUUAUAUUAUAUUAUAUAUAAAUAAUGAAGAAAAUAUCCUUAGAAUUCUAUAAACUCUAUUUCAUAUUUUUUGAGUGAAUUAAUAAUGUUGUGAUUAUGUA